UCACCAUUAUUCGACCAGAUCGUGGUACGGCCGGGUAUCAUCAUCACCAUCAUCUUCCCCAAACCAUCAUCAUUACCAUUAUUCACAUGCGCUCACACGUACGCAUCUAACAUACAAACUCGUCUUUCCCACCUUAGUACGCUACGCUUUUAAUCCCCCACCAAGCGCGCCAAUAGGAUUAGCGAAAUUCAUGCGCCGCGCCUCACACUGUCUCACGCGGGGGUCCGAUCGUACAGUGAGCCGGGUGAGAUAGAACGUUUUUGGGGGGCUGAGCAGUGCUCGGGCCCCGUAGCCGUUUGGAGACUUUUACUCCCCACGGCUCAGUAGCGUGCCGGACGCAAGCUUCUUAGGAUCAACCCUGCUAGCGAGUUUUAGUAGCUUCAACGGGAUCGCUCAGUACAAUUCGAGCACUUUGUGCAGCAGUGCUGCCAGCUGUAACGGUGGUAAGUGGUGAGUAGCGCACUCUCCGAAACGGUCGAUUUCAGAAACUACAACACGCAUUGCAUUUGGCCAGUGCACACAUGGCAAACUCGAUCGAUCCCCACCGAUGCAGCAAUAGACACAGUUGGGGACACAGUUGGGGACACACACACUGGACGCCAGGCUGUGCAUUGUGCAAGAAACCAUCAUCAUCGUCAGCUUGAUCUCCACACCCCAAAUGUGUACGGUUGCUAAUUUUUAGUGUCGUUUAUUAAAGCUGUGCUGCAACCGAGCGGCAGAAACAAAACGAGUGGAAGUGUGAACGAAGGAUUCCCCCCCAUCUACGGGACAUGGGACACCGAAGUGCGUGGUAAUGAAAGUGCGUCGUUCAAUUUACUGUCCCAAGUAGGUCGCAACGGUGUAGUGUGCAGUGAGUCCCCGGAACGUACCGACGUGAUCGCUUAGUACAACCCGUGCCGACGCAUCAAACCACAUUCCGAUGAAACAGUUGACAAUCUACGCGUUCGAUAAUCGAUUAAAGGAGCUGGCGGUUCGUCGUGAGUGAGAGUGAGAGUGUGUUUCUUGGGUGCAUGUUUGAGAAACGAAACGCUUUUUUAAAAAUGUGCCAUAAUCUUCCUAGUAACUCGUGUCGUUUGGUAGUGCUUCUGCUAACGAUCUUCGUUGGCUGCUUCCCAACGACCGCACACGAGUUCACGAUAGGACCGUGCCAAUUCCAGUACCUAGAACCGUGCACCUCGAAAACGAUCGCUUUCUACGUGUUCUCAAGUGAACACCCCAAGGAUGGCCCCGUACUGCUCGAUUCGAUCGAUCCGCACGUCCCGGAACACAUCCGGCUCAAUCACACCAACAAGCUGAUCGUACACGGCUAUGGCGGCAGUAUCGAUUUCAACGCGACCAAAAUGAUCCGCAAAGCGUACUUGCGCAAGCCAAACACGAACGUCUUCAUCGUCGACUGGGGUAAGCUGUCCCGGCUGCCGUGCUACCCGACGGCCGCCUUCAACACCAAGCAGGCGGGCGAGUGUACCGCCACCUUUCUGAUCGGUCUGCAGGCAAACCAUCCGGAAUUUAGCACCCGGGACCUGCACGCCAUCGGCUUCAGUCUCGGUGCGCACGUGCUCAGCUUCACCAGCAACGCGCUGGAGAAAUCGAUCGGCGUCAAGUUCCGCCGUAUCACGGGUCUCGAUCCAGCGCUGCCAUUCUUUGCCACCGCCCGGCCACACUGGAAGCUGGACCAGGGCGAUGCCGACUUCGUGGACGUGAUCCACACGAACGCGGGCGUGUACGGGAAGAUCGAAACGUGCGGGCAUGUCGAUUUCUACAUGAACGGUGGCCAAAAUCAACCCGGCUGUGAAAACGAUCAAAAUCAACCCCUGUGCAGCCACAUGAUGUCGGCCGCCUACUUUGCGGAAUCGAUCAACAGCAAGCACGGCUUCUGGGCGACACGGUGCACCAGUUACUUUGCAUACUUUUUCGGCUUCUGUAAGUAUCGCGUGGAGCAACAGCAACAGCAGCAGCAGCAACAAUCGUUGAUUGCCGGUGAAGAUAGCAGCAACAACAGCAGCAGCAGACAGGAAGAGACCGCGCAACCUGACGUGGCCCUGGGCGAAAACAACCAGGUGCCCGAUAGCAAUCGCAUACUGAUGGGCGAGUACUGUUCGAAUACCGUCGAGGGAGUCUACUUCGUGCCGACAAAUCCAGUGCCACCGUUUGCAAUGGGCUUCUGAGGAGUUGAUGGCGAUCAGCAGGCGGUUACUUCAUUCUUGCGCUGUGCGAAGAGGCGUGCACGAUCGCGUACACCGUCGUUUGUCGAUUUGUGAUGAUCUUUGCCACAAUACUGUCUGUUAGAUCUACAGUGCGAACUUGCCAAUGUGUUGCAUUGCACAUUAGGACUGGCGCAACGUUCAAACCGGAAAGAGUAAGCGUUAGAAUUCAUUCAGCUACCUUCACCGUAAAGCUGGUGCAAUCUGUGUGGAAGAUCUCAAAGGGAAACGCGGAAGAUUUCACCUGCCGCCUGCUCUAUGCUUACGCUCGAUCGACAGCUUUAACACUCGCAUAAACUCGCAUCAACACAAAAAAUGGUCAUAAAACGCACGGAGGGCACCGCCGUGUACACGUUUGUCUCAUUACCGCUGUGACGUUCAGCUGCAAGAUCAACGCAUGUGCCAAGAACUAAGCACCUAGGGGUGCAAUCAAGCAGCCAGUAGUGGGACUGUGAAUUAACUUAAAGACACAAAAAAUGGAAUGCUAAAUCUAACGCAUAACUACGUAUUAUUGGUGAUUUAUCGGGAUCAUCACGGGGACGAACUCGCGCAUGACUUUGCCCCGUUUGGCUCAUUUACGAUUGCCACACACACACACACACACACACACACACUGGACGCAAACGCGAAACGGGGUGGUAAUUUGUUCGGCGUGGAACCCAACUUUUGAUCGCCUAGGUUAAGUACACCGUCGAAGCUAAGACGCAGUGGCACGACCUUCACGACCGAUGCGAAAAGAAUGUUCGCCCAGGAUCGAAAGACUUACAAAAAUACAGGUGGAAUAAGCUAACUGCCAUCGGGUGGGAUGUGGGAAUGAUGUGACCAUAAUUACCUAAGUCGCUGUAAUAGAAGAUGAUCUGUUAUUCGGCGUACAGUGGUGAAACUGAUCAUUUAGACUUCAACUAUAUUAGUUUUGUAGUCAUUUUUUUCGUUUGCUGCGUAGUACGUCACAAUUCGUCAAUUGACAUCCCAAGCAUAUGUAUGUUGGGAUAUGUUAAGUAUUACUAUUCAAUAAACCAGCAUAAUGUAAGGUGA